UUCACGUCUUCUUCCUUCCUGUUCCCUCAUUCAAAUAGGCUCGUCUAAACGUGUGAGGUUGUGGCAUUUUUAAUUUUUGUAAGUGUCCGGGCUUCAGUACGAAAUAAUGGGUAAAAAGAAGAGUUCAAGCUCGUUGGGUCGGGCAAUCAUUAAAGACAAAAAUAUGUCUACUAUGAAUAGAGGAAAAACAGAUUCUUGGCUCCAUACUAGUGAAAUCGGCGAUGGAUAUAACUGGGGUCGUCUAAACCUCCAGUCAGUGACUGAACAGAGCUCUCUAGAUGAAUUUCUAACAACAGCAGAACUGGCCGGAACCGAAUUCAUUGCUGAGAAACUCAAUGUUAAGAUUGUUUCUAGAGAGACCGGGACAGGAUUACUAACAGCCGAGGAAAGGAAAAUAAUUAAUGAACUGCAGGAGGAGAAUCGACACUUCUUAAGAAUACCAAGAAGACCGCCGUGGGAUGAAAACACCAGCAGUGAAGCACUUCAGCAAGCGGAGAGGGAAACUUUUCUGGAGUGGAGACGUCAACUUGCCCAACUAGAAGAAAACCAGGAACUUACGCUGACACCAUUUGAAAGGAAUCUGGAUGUCUGGCGCCAGUUGUGGAGGGUCAUUGAAAGGAGUGAUAUUGUUGUCCAAAUUGUUGAUGCUAGAAACCCAUUGCUUUUCCGAUGUCAGGAUCUGGAGUGUUAUGUGAAGGAAGUUGGGGUUAAUAAGGAAAACGUCCUACUGAUCAACAAAGCUGAUUUGCUAACCUCUGAGCAGCGACAAAUCUGGGCACAGUACUUUGAGAAAGAGGGUAUAAAUAUUCUGUUUUGGUCAGCAGUUGCAGAGAAUAAGAGACUCGAUGCUGAAGCUAAGGAACAGCAAUUCGAAGAGGCAGUGGGGGAACACACUGAUUCUGAAACAGAGGAAUGUCAGAUGUCGAAUCUUAAUGAUUACAUGGAGGGACAACUCAGUCAAAUUAGCCACGCAGAUAGUAGUCAACACUUUGAGAGUGAUGAUGAUGAUGCAUAUGAAGACUGCAGAGAGGAGGAAGAAGAGUGGCAGACUUGUUCAGAAGAUGGGGAUGAUGAAUGGGAAUCAUCUAUAAAUAUAACUAAUAGUGAUUUGGAAAGUGAAAUAUUAGGUAAGAGAAAUCUAAGUGCUACUCAUCUUUUGCAUCAGCAUGAACUCAUAGAAGUGCUUAAAACUCUGCAUACCGGGAAGACUGUUAAAGAAGGAGAACUAACAGUGGGUCUGGUAGGAUACCCUAAUGUUGGUAAAAGCUCAACAAUCAACACUAUUCUUAGAAACAAGAAAGUAUCUGUUUCUGCUACUCCAGGGCACACAAAGCACUUCCAGACUUUGUAUGUAGAACCAGGCUUUUGCUUGUGUGAUUGUCCAGGUCUUGUAAUGCCUUCAUUUGUUUCAACCAAAGCAGAGAUGAUCUGUAAUGGAAUCUUACCAAUAGAUCAAAUCAGAGACCACGUACCUGCUGUCUCACUUGUUUGUCACAAUAUCCCUAGAUUUAUUUUGGAAUCUAAGUACGGUAUCACUAUCACAAGUCUGAGAAAAGAUGAUCACCCUGACUGGUGUCCUACUGCUGAAGAGCUGUUGUCUGCUUAUGGCUGUAUGAGAGGAUUCAUGACUGCUCACGGGCAGCCUGAUCAACCCAGAUCAGCUCGCUAUAUCUUGAAAGAUUAUGUCUCUGGUAAACUGUUAUAUUGUCAUCCUCCACCUGCAGUCAAUCCCAAGGACUUUCAAUACCAGCAUAAGAAGAUUAAAAAUAUGACUUUUGUGCAGGAGAGUAAUCCAGUAAAAGGAAAUGGAAAACCAAAAGCCAGGCGGAUGGAUGAUGUAAUCGAUGAAAGCUUUUUUCACCAAGAGAAUGUCCAAGCAUUGACCAGAGGCAUUCAGAAUGUUAUGGGCUACAGACAGCAAACCAGUAAUUCUCUGGAAUGUGUUGGUAAACCCUGGAAGAAACAUUUUAACAGUAAUAAAAAAGAAAAAAUGAGACGACUCAAAAAGCACCUUAAUGCUUAAGGUGUAACAAAUUUAACUUAAUGACAGAUUAAUUCUAAAUGGUAAUUCUGAUGAAUGGAAUAUCACUAAUACUUGUAGGAAAUUUGUUUUCAAUAAGAGAGUAAAUUGCUUAUAAACAGUAUUGUGUUUAUUGGCUUAACCAAAGACAAAGUCAAAUAAUACUAGUUGCCUUUGUAGUGAAAAUGACAUUCAUUCUUGCCACCUUCUGGUCAGACAGAGAAAGUCUUAAUCAGAACUAAUAUGUUAGAAAAUAGGGUAAGGGGAAAGUGUAUAAAAAGGCUCAAAUUUUGCCAUUUAUGUUGACAUUAAUGAGAUCUAAGGAGGCAACAGAGUCAAAAUGUGUGCAGUCCUAUUUUAUGUCAUGUUCUGACAAAUUUGUGGAAUAACCUGAUACCGAUUUAGCUAGUGAUUCUGAAAAAUAAAACAGUGGACACUGCUUGAUACUUCACUGGGUCCUUAAUUAAAUUGGCAUGACAUAGCAAGUAAAUGCAGCUAGAGAAUGAGAAAUUGCUUCUUUAUGUUUUACUCUCUUCUUUUUCCCACCUUACUGUAACCAUCCCUUCCAAUUGUCUUAUACUGUGUACUUUAUUAUUAUUACUGUUAUUGAUUCAUUGCUAUCGUUCUGUAACAUUUUUAUUUGUAUUCAUAAUUCUUGUUGAUUUGCUUGCUUACUGUCAUUUAUAUUUGUCUGGGUUGUGACUGAAUAGGUCCAUUUUGGAUCAGUGCUGUACCCCAGUUAACAAACUGAAUGAAUGAAUAAAUAGUCUGUUGUGCCAUGAAGCCUCAAUUGGCUUCUUUGGCAUAUAAAAGUA